CCGUGGCCGGCUCGGCCUGCCCUUUGUGCCCGCAGCCCGCGCCCCGUGCCGAUGGCCGCUGCGCCGGGCUUCCCGGCCGCUCGCGCCCGCCGGCGGACCUAACCCCGCGCGCCUGGGAUGCGCCGGGGAUGCGCGUCCUCCGGCCCUGCGGCUCCUCGCGGCUGGGCGCCGGGCGAUGGAGCUGAGCAUGAAGAAGUUCACCGUGCGCAGGUUCUUCUCCGUGUACCUGCGCAAGAAGUCGCGCUCCAAGAGCUCCAGUCUUAGCCGACUCGAGGAAGAAGGCAUCGUGAAGGAGAUUGACAUCAGUCAUCAUGUGAAAGCAGGCUUUGAAAAGGCCGACCCUUCCCAGUUUGAACUGUUAAAAGUUUUGGGACAAGGGUCCUAUGGAAAGGUGUUCCUGGUGAGGAAGGUCAAGGGGUCAGAUGCUGGGCAGCUCUACGCAAUGAAGGUUCUUAAAAAGGCCACCUUGAAAGUUCGGGACCGAGUCAGAUCGAAGAUGGAGAGAGACAUUUUGGCAGAAGUGAAUCAUCCUUUCAUCGUAAAGCUUCAUUACGCCUUCCAGACUGAGGGAAAACUCUAUCUGAUUCUGGACUUCCUGCGCGGAGGAGACCUCUUCACCAGGCUCUCCAAAGAGGUGAUGUUCACGGAGGAGGAUGUGAAGUUCUACCUGGCUGAGCUGGCCUUGGCUUUAGACCACCUGCACAGUCUGGGGAUCAUCUACAGAGACCUGAAGCCAGAAAACAUCCUCCUGGACGAAGAGGGACACAUUAAGAUCACAGACUUCGGACUGAGUAAGGAGGCCAUCGACCACGACAAGAGAGCCUAUUCCUUCUGCGGGACGAUUGAGUACAUGGCGCCCGAGGUGGUGAACCGGCGGGGCCACACGCAGAGCGCCGACUGGUGGUCCUUCGGCGUGCUCAUGUUCGAGAUGCUCACGGGGUCGCUGCCGUUCCAGGGGAAGGACAGGAAGGAGACCAUGGCCCUCAUCCUCAAAGCCAAGCUGGGCAUGCCGCAGUUCCUCAGUGUGGAGGCUCAGAGUCUUCUGAGAGCCCUCUUCAAACGGAACCCCUGCAACCGGCUGGGUGCUGGCCUGGACGGCGUGGAGGAGAUCAAGCGCCACCCUUUCUUUGUCACCAUCGACUGGAACAAGCUGUACAGGAAGGAGAUCAAGCCGCCCUUCAAGCCGGCGGUGGGCAGGCCGGAGGACACCUUCCACUUCGACCCCGAGUUCACGGCGAGGACACCCACAGACUCACCUGGCGUCCCCCCCAGCGCCAACGCUCAUCACCUGUUUAGAGGAUUCAGUUUUGUGGCCUCCAGCCUGGCCCAGGAGCCCUCGCAGCAAGACCUGCACAAAGCCACAGUUCACCCCGUCGUGCAGCAGUUACACGGGAACAACACCCGCUUCACCGAUGGCUACGAGGUCAAGGAGGACAUCGGGGUGGGCGCCUACUCCGUAUGCAAGCGCUGUGUGCACAUGGCCACAGACGCCGAGUACGCCGUGAAGAUCAUCGAUAAGAGCAAAAGGGACCCCUCGGAAGAGAUUGAGAUCCUCCUGCGGUACGGCCAGCACCCCAACAUCAUCACCCUCAAAGACGUCUACGACGACGGGAAGUUCGUGUACCUGGUGAUGGAGCUGAUGCGGGGCGGGGAGCUGCUGGACCGUAUCCUGCGGCAGAGGUACUUCUCGGAGCGGGAGGCCAGCGACGUGCUGUGCACCAUCACCAAGACCAUGGACUACCUCCACUCCCAGGGGGUUGUUCAUCGGGACCUGAAGCCGAGCAAUAUUCUGUACAUGGACGAGUCUGGAAACCCUGAAUCCAUCCGAAUCUGUGACUUCGGGUUUGCCAAGCAGCUGCGAGCCGAGAAUGGGCUGCUGAUGACCCCCUGCUACACAGCCAACUUCGUUGCCCCGGAGGUCCUGAAGCGGCAAGGCUAUGACGCGGCUUGUGACAUCUGGAGUCUGGGGAUCCUGCUGUACACCAUGCUGGCGGGAUUUACCCCUUUUGCAAACGGACCAGAUGAUACCCCUGAGGAUAUCUUGGCAAGGAUUGGCAGCGGGAAAUACGCGCUUUCCGGGGGAAACUGGGAUUCCAUAUCUGACGCGGCAAAGGAUGUCGUGUCCAAGAUGCUCCACGUGGACCCUCACCAGCGCCUGACCGCGGUUCAAGUGCUCAGACACCCGUGGGUGGUGAACAGAGAGUACCUGUCCCCAAACCAGCUCAGCAGACAAGACGUGCACUUGGUGAAGGGAGCGAUGGCCGCCACCUACUUCGCUCUGAACAGAGCCCCCCAGGCCCCGCGGCUGGAGCCUGUGUUGUCCUCCAGCCUGGCCCAGCGCCGGGGCAUGAAGAGACUCACGUCUACGCGGCUGUAGCCGAGCCCGGCGCCCGCCCAUCCUGCACCUCCUCAUGCGGCCGGAGAGGAUCCGGGCGGGUGACCUCCCGACGCGGGGCUGUGCCGACCUUGCCACCUCCGCCCCCAGCCCACCAGACGGAGUCCUCCUGCCGCGGACCGUGCCAAGCACCUGGAGGCCCCUCCGGCCCGUGGGUCUCGCGCGGUCAUGGCUUGUGUUUCCGUGGAGAGACGUGUUUCCCACUUAUAAAGUCAGCAGCCUGGUCUGAUUCCCGGCACACACAGCCCAGGUGUCACGGUGUGAAGGUGACGGUUAACGGCAGAGCCCUGGGGGCCCGGCUUCUGCGCCUCUGCCCUUGCCCACGGCUGAGUGACCGGUGGGCACAGGGCGCCUAGGAGCAGACGCCUGGUCCCUCCAGAUGAUCCAAAGAGCCCUUGUCUCAUUGCCCCCCACAUGGGACUGAGGCCCCCGCGUCUCUCCUGUUGCACAUCUGAUGGGGCGAGGCCACCCCAGCACCGGGGGCGGCAGCUUCGCCUCGGUGGCCGCGUUUCACGAGAAUCGCUCGCGUCCCCGGGAGGGAGCCAGCCAAACUUGUGCCCACGUUUUCGCGUUCUCCUGAGGACCGGGGCUGCAGGAGCGGCUGCUUCUCGCUCCCGCCCCGGCUCAAGGGUCGCCGCGGCCGCCCCGAGUUUCCGAGAGGGCCUGGGCUUCCCUGAGCGCUGGCUUUCCCCUUUCAUGGAAAGCCUGUGGCCCGUGGGAGCCCUCAGUUGGGUUGCCUCCCGUCGGUCCCUUCUCGGGUCCCCUGGAGACCCCUGCCCCCCGCCCGGGGCCAGAGGGGAGCGGAGGGUGCGUUGCCGAGAGCCGGGGCGCCCUUUGUGGAAGCUGUGCUUUCGUGGCGUGCUUUGUGUUUCUGUUGCACAGGUCUGUCCUCACCUGACAUGUCAGGGCUAUUUGAUGUUUCCCCCGGGGCGUGUGAACACAGGAGUGGGUGUGAUGCAGGGCGAGCCACCGCCGGGGCCUGGAGGACAGAGGCCUGUGUCCUCCCAGCCGGCCCCGAGGCAGGGGGCCACCGACCAGCUGACCGGAGGGCCCUUGCCCACCGAGCUGUGACUGGCCAGCAUCGCUGGGCACCCCCUGCCCUCGGGGGGAGGGGGAGCUCCUGUUGGUCUCAGCCGGAUUUUCACCAAGAAGACAAUUUUUCAAAGUCCCUCCGUUUCAACUCACUCUGGUACCCAACUCGACCGACCAAAACAAAAACAAUGCCUCCUUCUAAAAAAUAGCUCCCUAGCUCGGUCUAAUGGUUUUCAGACCUGAAAAUAUAAACGUAUCGCAGAAGCUUUAAUUAUCCCGUGAGCCAUUUUUUUUUUUCCUCAGAACCACAAGGAAUAAAAAGGUGGGGACAGAUUCAUGUACCUGUUUUCCCACAAAGCCCUCUUGGGCACUUCUCCUGUUUCUCAAUAGAAAGUGCUUUUUCCCAAGGCUCAAAAGACUUCCACCCACAACAGUUUUGUUUUAGGUCAGAACUAUUUUGUCUGUCAUUAGAAACUUAGGAAAACCUGGGUAGUCCCAGGUCACAGAUUUUGCCCUCCCAGAAAUCGACAGUGGCCCUUGUAUCUUGUUUUUGCCGCACAGGCAACGUCCGGCCCAUCAGCCUCCUGGGCCUCUGUCCUGGGCUUGUUGGCACGUUGUUGGUUUGCCUGAAGUCCGUGUGUUGUGAUGGAAGCGGACAGAACGGAGAGACAGAGAUGAAGCACGGCUGGGAGAGCAGCCAGCGCGUGUCCUCUGUGUGUCACACCAGCCCCCUUACGUGUGCAGCCUCAGUUCUGACCGUUCAGAACCCCGCGGGGAUCCCGGGACUCGCCCCGCACCGGACCCCGCCCGUGGCAGGGGCGCCCCCGGCUCUGCUGAACCAACUCGAAUGCCCUAAGAUACCUCCACUCCCUCACCCUUCUCCAAAACAAAGUGGUACUUGAAACCCUUCUGCAGAGAGGCAGCCUAGAGAAGCUGAGAGCCUGUUUUUAAUUGAACUGGCUUAGGUCUUAAGUAGCCAGUGGCUGGGCUUCCUAACCGGCAGUCGGUAUGUGAAUGAAGGUGCGAUCACCGCGUUAUUCACCUGUACGGGGCACCUCCACCAGUCACGCAAGGCCUCGCGGGAUUUGCACACGUGGUGUGACAGCCCAGCAAGUUAACUGGCUGCCCUGCCCUCCUGUAGAGUCAGACCCCCUCUGGAUCACCAGAACCACAGACUUGGUUGUGAUAAACCCGAGCCCGGGGUCUCAGGCCUGCGGCCCUGCCGGUCCCCUCCGUGGCUCCCACUAUAGUCUCAUCCACCCCGGCGCCCGCCCACUUUAAGAGAAACACCUGAUGCCCCCCGGAGGGAGAGCUUUGCCCGAUGCUGCCCCCCACGUCACACUGGGCAAGAGUGAGAUUUCACUUGUUCCCCAAGGGCAGUCGGUCGUGGUUUCAAACUACCCGCGUGUGCGUCGCCGUGUGGAAGGCUGUCAGGGCUCUGAGUGGUCAUGGCUCCGAUGCGAGCCAGUCCCGCUCAUUAACGGCGUGACCCAGCGCCGCUCUGGGGUGGUGACCUUGCUUCACUGGGUCCCUCCAGCACAGGAGGAAUCUGAUCUGCACUUGUCCUCUCCCACGUGGUUUGGUGGCCCUCACCGCUCCGAGAGCCGUGGGAUUCUAGAAUGGAAAGGACGCCGCAGGUCCUGAGUGACGAGGAGAAGCCACCCACAGGCUCAGGGCGUCACCGGGAAGGGACCUGCCAGCUGCGGCCGAGCCCGCCCUCCCCCGAGGACACCGCGAGCACUUUGUGUCCCUGCCCGUGUCCGUGUUUACAGGGGACUCUCGUGUUCACGCUUUAUAUUUUAUGUUGGAGAUGGGCGGCCACUCUACGAUAUUUAUUACGCUUUCCAGACUUUCUGAAUAGAUUUUUUAAAUAAACAUGGGUUUUAUGAAGUGUAA